GGUGAAUGGUGAUACGGGAUUACUAAUACAGAUUAUAUAACAUCGGUUGGGGUGGGUUGGGGUAUUAAGUAUUGAUUUUUUUAACAUUACGCAAUGUUUAUGCGGCUAAGUUACAAGUUCACAGACACAACUCAAGAUUACCUUAUAUUUACAACAAACAUCAAUAAACUGUCGGGUUAAAAUACAUGUCCAUAAAAUUGCCGUAUUAUAAUGCGAUUUCCGAGAUAACGAGCUUCCGCUGUUUUAUUUAAAAACACUGCCAAACAAAAUAAAGGAGGGAAGGAUUGAAAUUAACUUAAAAUUAAAAAUCCUUUGUUUAAUGUUAAUAAACAAAUUACGGAUUUGCAAUUGAAAGCUGUACAAGAAAACUGUUUUAUAAAACCGACAAAUAAAAUUUUAAGUGUAAAAAUGGAAGAAAUACGCGCGAGACACAAGUCUAUUCCAACUGCGGCACAUCAUAUGGCAAUGGAAUGCAUUCAUCCUCAGUCAACGCACGGCUCGCCCUAUCACGUCCAUCCAUAUCCUUCACCUGUCCGUCUGCAACAUGCCUUCCAAGCUCAGCAAAGCCCGCAAAUGUUUUACCCUAAGGGACUCAGGCCUCACAUUGACCCGAGAGCAUUUGCAACGCCAAGUGAAAGCCCAAUAUUGGGUCGUGCCCUCUGCCUCACACCAAAAGGCAGCCCCAUCCCUGGUCGAGUUUCACACCUCAAUGAAAAGUUCCAAGAUUCUCUAACUCUUAAUUCGGACACUGAUGCCCUUGUUGCCAAAAUAAGUGCAAUGUUUCCAACUGUUAGUGAAACACAUAUAAAAAUUUUACUGAGAAAAUAUUACAAUCGUGAAGCUGUAGUAAUCAGUGCACUGCAAGUGGAAAAACAUCCAAUCACUACUCCAGGCCCGCUGACAAUGUCACCUUCUACAUCACGACUGCAAAAGAGUGCUAUGGGAGUGUACUCAGCAUUACAAUUAGCCAAGGGCAUGUCGGGAUCAAUGCAUAGUUCUAAUCAUUUCACUCCAAUGACUGGCACUCCUCAAGGGUCACCACUAUUGCUACGGCCAACGUCUGGUGCUUCCAGCUAUUAUGGACUUACAAAAAAUGUUGAUACACAACAAACAAAGCACCAGUCACCGAAGAUGAAGUUGAAGUACUUAAAAAGUGUAUUUCCAAAAGCGGAAGAAACUCUUAUUCUUGAUAUAUUAGCUAAUAAGGACAAUAAUGUACAAAAGGCAAGCGAGGAACUAAUCUCUAUUGGAUACACGAAGAAGGAGACAGUAUUGACUCAACAAAAGAAGAAAGAUAAAGAAACACCUCCUCCUCCAAAAAAAAUUAUAAUAACCAAGACGACUGAAGAAAAAGAUGCAUUGAAACGAAAACUUCAAAACAAAUACAGUAGUGUUGCUGAGAGAGUGGUAUCCAUUGCAUUAGAAAGUGUAGACUUCAAUGAAGAAAGGGCUGAGCAGAUCUUAACAGCUGUCAAACAGGAAGAGGAGACGCCAAAAAUUGUGACAACCACAGAACUCAAGGACAUGAGGCGACCUGAUACUGCAGAGUUAAAAAAGGGCGUGAGUCCAGUGGAGGAGCGGAGACCGCCUGCCGCGCCCAUCGUACGCCGCCUCAAGACGUGGACCGAACACUUGAAGCCUAUUCUGAAAACGACCAGCAAUACCGAAUCUAAACACAAAUCUCAGUACUCCGUGCCAAAUGUUGGAGCAAAUCCGUUACUUCGACAAGGACCUAAGGACAACCUACUAUUGGAAGACUAUAUGACAUGGAAUGGCCCAAAUCCCGACCUGCGUUAUGGUGCAUCAGUGAAACCAGACGGGCCAGAACCAAGAGGGAAAUCAAGCUCUUUAGCUCGUGGACCUUCUGGCUUAGCUAAAGGACCUGGCGGCUUGGCGAAAGGAUCUAUAUAUCAGAAGCAUAAUAAGAAAUCUGCUAAAAUAGUUGUUUGAAUCAUCCAUAUUCUGAAAAAUAUGCUGCGAAUUUGAAGUGCAAUAAAUAACACAAAUAUUUUUUAAUCUAUGUAUUUUCUUGUUAUGAUUGUUUAAGCUUGAUAUAGAAUUAAAAGAGUAAGCUCUCAAUUGAAAUAUAUUAGUACAUAUACGGAUACUAUUUUUUUGUAGUUGUUUAUAGUACAAACAGGCACACACCGAUUAGCGAUAGCUGGUAUGGAUAACUCAUAAAGUAUUUUACAUGUAGGUAUACUUAGUGUGGCUAUAAGUUUUGUUACAUGUUGUUUUUUAUGAAGUAAUCCUAAUAAAAGUCAUAAUUUGUUGAAGUUUCGAUAGUCAAUUCUCAGGUAUUCUCACGGUGUUUUCCUUAACCAAUUUAGACGUGAUAUUUAAAAUCUUAAAAUGCACAUAACUGAAAAGUUGGAGGUGCAUGCCCAGACUGAAUUCAAACCUACGCCCUACGAAUCGAAGGCAGAGGUCAUACCCACUGGGCUAUCUCGGCUAUCUUGGCUUUGAUACCGGUUUUUAAAUCUGUCUGACCACAAAUCUAUGAAUUUACGGUGCAUUCGUAUGGGGAAAACCACUACAUGCUGAGAUUUUUUCAGACUCAGCGUGUCGUUUAGAGCAAGCCAUUUUAUCUAAAACUGACCAUAAUUUAUAGUACAUGGGCUUGUCUAAAGCCCCUGUACCCACUAUGAAUUAUGGUUAUGGUAUACAAAAAAUAAUAGACAGAAUAACAAACAAAGCAAUUGCUAAAUAGGUAUACUUAAACAAUACACACAUCAAUAUUUAGCUUCUUUAUAUACUACAUAUCAUAGGUAACAAACGAGUUUCUUUUUGGCAUAAUACUAGAUACAUCUAUAAUUUAUAAUACUAUAUAUAAAUGCAAAUACUGAUAAAGAGCAUGUCAAUACAUAAAAGUAACAAUACUAGUAAUGCCAGCUCAUAACAGCGACAUAUACCUGAAAGUCAGUUUUAAUUCAUCAGUAUUAUUAGUGAUAAUUUAAUGUUUAAUUUAAUUUGUUGUAAAAAUAUUGUCUUCUUCAACAAUAACUAUUACCAAAAAUCUAAGUCUGAAAUAUGUUUGUGCCAAUAUCGAAGUUAGCAAUAAAAAAAAUAUAUUUUAACGUAAUAUAUUUAAAUACAUAAAUGUAGGAUUAAUUUUAAUAAAAUAAUAUUUUAUUAAUUAUUAUUAGUCCGUAGUCGCAGUAAAUGUAGCGGGUGUUUCAUACUUAAAAUAUAAACAUUUAUAAACUGAUGCCUCUAUCAUUACUAGAAAAAUGCAUUCUAGUCUCGGACUCAAAACAGUCGCACGUUUUUAUUACGUGCUAAUAAAUUAUAAUUAAAUAAUAAUUGUAAUUUGUUUAUUCAUGGGAAAAACAUAACGGACGAUAGUCUCUGGUCGAUCCUUUAUACUUUACAUAAUUAUGUUUUUAAAACUGCAUUUUAUAGCUUCCAACAAUAUAGUUAAUGGUGUUGUUUACGAUAUUAUAGUAAAGUUAUAUUUAAAUCUAAGUAAGAUGAAAUAAUUUCAGUGAAAAUUCGAUAUUCCUAAUAUUUUUACAUUUCGAGCCAUAUUCUUAGAUUAGAACUCUAAGUACCUAUGCUAAGUAUAAUUAUUAUUUUUAAAAAAUCCGAUCAACUUCAAAAUCAUAGGUAGGUAAACGAAAAAUAACAUAAUAUUAUUUUCUACCUACUGAUCAGUAUGAAACCAAGCAUGUAUUAAAUACAGGCUUGGCAGCAACCUAAACUAAACUAAACCUAAGCUAAACCAGGAAAAUAUGUUUUUGAAGUCGGUUGUAUUUUUUAUGAAAAAUAAUUAUUUAUCAAUUUUUAGUGGUGAAUUUCAGCAAUCAGUAAAUAGACUCUGUAAAUGAUCAAUAAAUCAGUAAUCAUUAAUCACUAACUAUAACCACCCUUAUUUUCCCAACUUUCGGGUUGAAUUUUUUUUAUAUAAAAUCAACUUUUUAGUAAAAAGUUCAACCCUUUUUAGUAAAAAAGAAUUAUCGAAAUCGGACUACUCUGUAAAAAGUCAUGUUCAUACAUGAAAAAAAAUGUACGUGUCGAACUGAUAACCUUCUCUCCGUUUUUUCGUCGGUUGAUAAAACCGAUAGUUACGGUGUGAGUAGACAGUGGACGGAACGGAACGGCGACACGACACUGGCGAUACUUACUAUAAAUAAUUAAUUAUAGGUAAUUUUAGAAAUGAAUUUGAUAAAAGAAGAUUUUUUAUGGUUUUUUUUUAUGACAGACAUUUGAAUUUCAGUUCCAGGGAAGGCCCGUAAUAUUCUCCAUAUUAAUGACACUUUACAUUUACUACUUCAUGCCCCCUUUCGCGCCGUUUUUUUUGUUAAUACAUACAAUACAAUGCUUUUACGUCUGAAUCCAUUUUUAUUCAUGUUUCAAAAUAAUCACGUCGACUGCUGCGCGUUGGCCGACGCUAACUUAGCGGGCUCGUCACGUCGUUGCCUCGCCCGUGUCGUACUACCGUCACGCCCCGUCCGAUGUACUCCCAAACCUUUAGUAUUGAUUUAUUUUAUACUAUAUUGAUCGUAAUUGACCGUACUUUAUAAAUAAUUAUGUAAAACUUUAAGGGCUUACAAUAUGGUCAGCUAAACUAUUAUGUACUCAAUACUCACACUGCUAUAGUGCGCGGCAUUUCAUGUUACUUUUUCUGCAAACUGUAUAAGGUUUUCAAUUUAAAACAACAUACAUGAUUAUGGAAACUUGGAAAAGAGCAAAAACUAUUGUUUAAAUCUUUUAAAAAUAGUAAUUUUGUAAUUUUGAAAUUCCCUCCAGCUUGCAUCGAACACGCUAACAAGUAUUUAAUCAUGUACCUCUAAAAUUUUAUUACAAUCAUAAAAAAUAAAUUAUUUUUGUAUCUGAUUAAUUAUUGUAUUAUAGGUACGUAUUGCAAAAAUAUUUUAGCAUAGAUAAGAAUUAUACAUAAGGUAGAGUUGCAUACCAAUGCGUGUAAAUAGUUUCAGCGUUACUAAUCAUCUACAUAAUAUUAUGUAGGUACGUAGUUUCUAUUGAACUACAAACUGCUGUUGUAUCGGGCAUAUAUGCAAUUAUUACAUUUUAUUAACAUUUAGGUGUAGUUAUUCGUCCUUAUAGUUGAUGAUAUCUGCGAUGUUGUGUACUCGUCCGACGAGAUAGAUUCCAGUUAAUAAGUUGUCGGUGUUUCAAGUAAUGUUACUAAUAAUAAACAAAAGCAAUAAUAUUUUUAUGAAUAUGAGCAAUAUAUCAAUCCAAAAUAUGCUAGGUUUAGAUUGUCACACACAUUUAAUUUCAUUACAAGUAUCUAAUUAUCUAGUUUUCUAAUUAUUAGAUAGAAACUGUGGUCCCCUAAGGAAAUAAUAUUUUCUUGAGCAAUAUCUUUCAGAACUGUUGUUGUUUUUGAAGAUAAGCUGCGAUUACGAUGGUGGCUUGAGGAGGAUAUAGGUAUUAUCUUUGAUUAUAUAAUUAAAGGGUAUUAUUUAAGGACAUGUUUGUAACCCCUCCUCAAUCCAAUCUUCUGCACAGCAGUCCAAAUAAACUACUGUUUCACAGUAGGUACUCUAUUCCAUUACUUUGUGUAAAAUUUUAAAAUGAUUUGCAAGUAUAAACAGAAUUAAUUGAACUUUAAAGGAAAGAAAAAUUUACGCGUUUUUUGUGGAUAUGUAAAGUCAAAUAUACUUUCAUAAUUUUCAUAAUUUUAUCAAAGUAGGUAAGUACCUAGAUAAUUAGCUUUUCUAUUUGUUUACUAUCAAAUUUAAUAUGCAAUAAAACUGCCUUUAUUAUACUUACAAUAGUAGACUGUAGUCGAGUUUCUUGAAUAUCAAGUCUUAUUUUAUUCCUUGGUCGCUAAAAUUUUAUCUAUACAGUGUUCAUAAUAUUACCUAUUCUGUGAUACCAUUUGGAGUAUUAUUAUUAAUAAGUACCUAGAUACUUCCAUAAUACAAUAAGCUUCCUUGUGCUGGGAAAUGCAAUAAUAUUCUUAGGCGACAUCUGGCUCUGCCUGCCGGGACGAAUAUUGUACUAACAAAUGUUAUCCUUAAACACUUAAACCUUAAUUUAUAUUUUUAUUUUUCACAAAACUUUGACAUUUCGUUAAAGAAAUUAUGUAUGCAAUUUAAAAAUGUUGUUCAUUUUUUGUUGAAGAUCAAUUUGUUAAGUCCCUAGAUACUCGUAGUACCUAUCUUUGUUAAAUCGUUCCGUCAGGCGGGGCUUUGAAAAUAGCAUUUUAACACAACAUAGUUAAAUAUAAUUGCCAAAUUUUUUAAUAGUUGAAAAAAUAUCUGUUUAUUUUAUUGGAUUUUCAAAUAGAUACAGAAAGACUACGAACAUUCCAAUCACCAAAAAUAAAUAAGUAGGAUUAUUAAUUAUGUUGUAAAGCACUGUAAUUAGGUAAGUACCUUGUACAUAAAUAAACUGCAAUCUUCACACCAAUGUCAGUUUGCCGUUUUGGUAAAAAUGAUGAAAAUGAUAUUAAGCCGGCAAGUUGUGAGGUUACACUAACUAAGGAAAUAUUCUUAGCCGCUUCGACUACCGGCUAGCCAGUUCAUGUAGACAGGUGGCUUUGGUGUAAAGAAUGCUUUUUAUUCACAUAUCUUUCAAUAGACCUUUAGGGAAAUAUGCUAAGGUGUUCAGCUUAGGUUUAUAGUCCACAAUCUAGUCAAUUAGGAUAACGUAUAUUAACAUUCCAUAAUUUUUUAAUAACUUAUUAAAUUAUACUUACCUAUUGCUUAAUAAACGUUGAUGAUUUGUA